AUGGCUCAUCAUUGCACUGAUUUUCAGUUUAAGGAUUCGAAUAUUGGAUUCAAAAGCAUCGGAAAACGUCAAGACACAUCUACCAAAAAACAACCAUGCGAUCCAUCAGUAAAUAAAAAGUGUGUUUUCGAAGCCGAUUCAUCAGAUGGAACUUCAUAUUGUAAUAUGGAUGCGAACAAAAAAGACCCGCGUUGCCCAGGGAGUGAACCAGGUGAUAAUUGUCUCAAAAUCACUGAUAAGGACUGUCAUUUCCCACUCAAACAGGAGGAAAUUAAUCAAAAGUGUCAGGAUUUUAAGCAAGAUCACAGGUGUCCGGGAACGAUCUGGUACUGUACUAUCGCACCAAAGCAUGCCGAUAGGAACUUGUGCAAUAAUGUCAAUACAACACAUGAUCCAGAAGUGUGUUAUGCAGCAGGUGAUCCUGCGUGUGUAAAACCUAUCCCACCGACAGCAUCAUAUGGCACGGAUUUCUGCAAAAAGUAUACCAAUGAUUGCCAAUGUUACUCAAUGCGUCUUGGAUUCUUGCCUAUUUAUCCAAACCGCGCACUCUGCAAGUUGCAUCACGCUGAAAUAAAGAAAUGGAUUUGGGCAUGCGUUGUAAAAAGUGGGGAUAUUGGUGCAGGGUGUUACAAAGACACCGACCAUGAUUGCAAUCACAAUACGACAAUGACUGAGGCAGAAGCAAAAUACCUGUGCAUUGAUGAAUUUGAGUUUAGAGACUUGAGAUGUCCUAGACUCUCUGGUGAAGGUUGUGACAAGCCUGUUGAUGCCGAUUGCACAACGACUCCUGAACCCACAACCACGGUGACAACUACAUUCCCUACUACUUCGAUGAAGAGGAGACCGCCACCACCACCGCCUCCACCAAUACAUGAAGCGCGACCAGAGGUUGGCAAUUCGAAUCAACUCAGAACAACUGCAGCAUCUAGGAAGGAUUUUGAGCAGACGUCCACGUCAGCUCCAGCAACGUCAACAUCAUCAACAGCAGGAAUCAUUGGAGGAGUUGCUGCUUUGGUGGUGGUAUGUGCUCUUGCAGUGCUCUUCUUCUUCUGCUGGAGAAAUCGUAAGAAGGAGAAGCCGAAUGUCAUCAGGAAAGCACCACUUAGAGCACCUAUCCGUCCCAGACAGUCUCCGAAUCCGAAUAGCAAGCCUACUACGCAUCCAUCUGAAAAGAGUGAAAAGGGCGGGGCAACAUCUGCACCUCCAAAGAACACAGAAAUGAGGGAGAAGCUUCUGGAGACUCAAGCCAACCUUCAGAAGAUCCGGGCCCACAUGAAGAAGAACGCUCUACGGCACAAAUCGGACACUAGAACAUCGAAGUUCAAAAAGAUGGGAGCAAUCUUCAUUCUCAUGGAGCCUGAUAUUCUCACGCCGCCGGUACUUCCCAACGUUGCCCUCGACAAAGUGUUUUAUGAUCCGACAUACAACGAGAUGUACGAUAUUGGAACCGAUGUUGAUGACAUCGAGCUGGAUGCGUCCUUUAUGGUGGAUCCAAGCACAAUCACGGAGGACGAGGCAACGAAGAACACACCAUCGUAAAAGGGAACGGAGACAACAGAGGAUACAAAGAAGCCGACGGGAGGAAAUAAGAAGAAAUAAGAAAAAUUGAUGGGAUUUGAUUUGAGAACAGAUUUUGAGAACGUCAGAACAGAUUUUUGAGAACAAU